AUGUUUUCAGGCUUAGGCGGACAACAAAGUAAUACUGGGGGCGGCGGCUUGUUUGGAAAUUCCACAGCGACUACUUCCCAGCCACAAUCGGGAGGCCUUUUCCCAGGAACUGCAAAUGCAAGCACAGCGCAGAGUGGCACAACUGGCGGAGGCUUAUUCGGGGGUGCUUCUACCGCACAGACUCAAUCAAAACCCCUGUUCGGUGGCUUGGGAACGUCUACUAACACAGGGGGAUCGCUAUUCGGCGGUGCGAACCAAAACAACACACAACAACAGCAGCAAGCCCAAAAGCCUACAUUAUCUUUGUUUGGAAACCAGAAUACCACAACACAGCAACCAGCGCAGCCGACUGCCGCAGCUGGAACGGUAGUCCCAGGGGUCAAAGUGGACUUGAGCAAUCUUCUGCCGACGACCAAGUAUGAGAGCUGUGCCGACGAGAUCAAGAAGGAGCUGGAAGUAUUCGACAAUUACGUUCUUACGCAAAUCAAGAUGUGCAACGAAGUGGGAAACAUGAUCCCUAGCAUUGCUGCCCAGGGAGAGACCAUUCCGAACGACGUGGAGUAUGUCCAGGGAAAAUUGGAAACAAUGCAGCACGCACUCGAAAACGAUGCCAGCGAUAUUGAUCAGUUACGGAAUCUUGUGGCUCGUGAUGCGGCUGAGGCACAAGUGGGCUUCCGGGCGAUUGAUACCCUCAAGCUACCUUUGCAGUUCCAGCCUGCAGGGGGCUCUGGGUGGUGGUCUGUUCAAGACCAGAAACUGUCGGAUCGACAAUCGUUGCGGUCAACACGCAAGAACACUUUGGCUCUUCCCGACGAUGUCGAAGGCGAUUCUUCUACGACCGUCAAUGGAGUACCUGUUAACCUUGUCGAUUAUUUCUCUCAGCGUUCUGACGAGAUGGGGACCGUCCUCGAACGUUACAAGCAGAACUUGAAAGAGAUUGAAGACCACCUUCAUGGAGUCGAGGCUACCCUGGAGCGACAGAUCCACGAAUUCGUGACAUCUCGCAGCCGCGAUGGAGCCACUGCGGGAACACCCAAAUCGGUGCUUAAUGAUCUUGCUGUUGUGCUUGGGGACGUUGAGGCUGGUAUUCUGGGGGUUGCCAGUCGUCUCGGGGGAGUUACAGAACAAGUUCAAGAAGUGGUGCUGGGGCCGCCAUCUCUUGGCGAGGGUAGACUGAACUUGUAA